AUGAACAAAAAUAUUAAAACGAUGGAAUAUGCAGUUCGCGGUCCACUUUUGGUAAGAGCCAUUGAAUUAGAAAAACAAUUGGAAGCCGGUGAAAAAAAACCUUUUAAAAAAGUUAUAAAAGCGAAUUUAGGUGAUGCUCACGCAAUGGGCCAGAAACCUUUGACAUUUUAUCGACAAGUACUUGCUUUAGUAAGUUAUCCUGAACUUCUUAAAGACAGUAGUUUUCCUUCUGAUACGAUCUGUAGAGCUGAAGAAUUACUGUCGGCAUGCAAAGGUGGAAGUGUGGGAUCUUACAGCGAGUCGUUUGGCAUAGAAAUUAUUAGGAAACACGUUGCAGAGUUUAUUUGCAAUCGAGAUGGAUUCGAAAGUGACUGGAAGAACAUUUUAUUAUCUGCCGGAGCAUCCGAUUCAAUUAAAAACGUAUUAAAAUUAUUAAACCAACCUAUUGAUAACAAACCGCCGGGAGUGAUGAUACCCAUUCCGCAAUAUCCUCUUUAUUCUGCUUCAUUAGCAGAAUUUGGAAUGACCUUGAUCGGCUAUUACUUACAAGAAAGUAAUAAUUGGGGUUUGGAUAUGAAUGAGUUAAGCAGGAGUUUAUGUGAAGCUCAAAAACAUUGUCAUCCAAGAGCAAUUGUAGUAAUAAAUCCUGGUAACCCAACCGGUCAAGUACUAACCAGGUGUAAUAUAGAAGACAUAAUAAAAUUCGCCUACGAAAACAAAUUAGUUUUAUUAGCCGACGAAGUUUAUCAAAGUAAUGUUUAUGCAGAAAACAGUGAAUUUCAUUCAAUGAAAAAAAUUAUUAAUGAGAUGGGUAAACCUUAUUCUGAAAUGGAACUUGCUUCUUUUAUGUCUUGUUCUAAAGGCUACAUGGGUGAAUGCGGUCUGAGAGGAGCCUACUGCGAACUUCUUAAUUUUGAUCCGGAUGUCAUGGCAAAUUUUUCAAAAUGCAUCUCAUCCAUGCUUUGUCCGACCGUAUUGGGACAAUGUUUGUUAGAUUGUGUAGUAAAACCUCCAGUUGAAGGUGAACCGAGUUACGAUCUAUAUUCAAAAGAAAAAAAUGAAAUUUUAGAAGUACUUAAAAUCAAAUCAAAAAUGAUUUACGAAUUUUUUAAUGGAAUUAAAGGAUUUUCAUGCAAUGAAGUUCAAGGAGCCAUGUAUGCUUUCCCUAAAAUAGAUAUGCCGGAAAAAGCUUUGCAAGAAGCCAAAAGUAAAAAUAUGCCUGCUGAUACGUUUUAUGCAUUUCAAUUAUUGGAAAGCACUGGAAUAUGCGUGAUACCGGGUACCGGGUUCAAACAGAUGCCUGAUACUUAUCAUUUAAGAACAACAAUAUUGCCUUCUACUGCUUUUUACCAAUAUGGACUUCGUAACUGUCCUAAUUAUGAUAAAAAGCAAAAGUCGAAUGACAACUAUUUAAAAACCUGUAAAUAUUGUAAUUUGAUAUUAAAUUAA